GUCGGAGAAAAAGUAAGACACAGGAAGAUAUGUUUCAGUGAAAGGGGAUUUAACGUUUUCUGAAACUCAGGGACAGCUGGCUGUUACCUGGUGGGUGGCGAUUGUUCUUGCUCCGAUUAAACCUGAAGGUCAAAUAGGCCUACGGCUGUGAGGGGUCAGUUAGUUUAGGCAAUACCCUGCGUCCAAAACUCAGGCUACUGAAACAUCAGCUGGUGAACUUGACAAGCUCGCCUACCUGAAGCCUUGCAUAACCUCUCCGAAGUAUGGCAGACCCCACAACCCCAAAUGCAGAAGGGAAGCUGGCAGUCGAGUUUGCUGUUCCCUCCCAUGUGGAGGAGGUCAAAGGGCAGAUGGGUGCGUUUGCUGCGCAGCACGGGGCGGCGGGGCGGCGGGUGGUACUGAUCACCUCGGGGGGCACCAAGGUUCCCCUGGAGUCUCGCACAGUUCGUUUCCUGGACAACUUCAGCAGCGGUCGGCGUGGGGCCUCGUCCGCAGAGUACUUCCUGGACUCUGGCUACGCUGUGAUCUUCUUGCACAGACACCGCUCCCUGUAUCCCUACACACGCCUCUACGCAGGAGUCAACCUGCUGGACUCCCUGCAGUUAGAGAGCGGCUCUGACUCGGGUGGGCAGGUGACGGUCGACCAGCAGGCUCUCCCCAAUAUCGCCAAAGUCUUGAAGCGCUACCAGGCAGUGAAGGAGGCAGGGCUUCUUCUGCCCAUCGAGUUCAGCACUCUGUCUGAGUACCUGCACCUCCUCAAAGCUGCUGCUCAGGCUCUCAGUACCAUAGGCUCCAAGGCCAUGUUUUAUUUGGCUGCAGCCGUGUCCGACUUCUACAUCCCAGCGUCGGAGAUGCCGGAACAUAAGAUCCAGUCUUCCAAUGGGCCUCUCCAGAUCAGUAUGAAGAUGGUGCCCAAAAUGCUGUCUCCUCUGGUGAAGGACUGGGCUCCACAGGCAUUUGUGACUUCCUUUAAACUGGAGACGGACCCGUCCAUCCUGCUGGACCGGGCUAGACGGGCCCUGGACCUCUACCGGCACCAGGCUGUGGUGGCCAAUGUUCUGGACACCAGGCGGGGCUACGUGGUGGUGGUGACCCAGGACACCCAGGCCGAGCUGGUGCUGUCUGAUGAAGACGUGAGCCAGGAGGUGGAGAUCGAGGAGAUGAUCGUCAGCAACUUGACCACAGCACACGGCCGGUUCAUCAACCAGAAAGGUUGAUGGGUUUCUUUUCAUACUGAGAAUGCCCCCUUACAUUUUGUCUGGAGGGACUGUAAAGUUUAAUCUCAAAUGGUUGUGUGGUGGGAGAGGGUGAUUGGACUGUUGUAGCCACAUUUUAGUAAUGUAAAAUAUUUACCAAUGACAUCAAGCAAAAAUGCAGUGUAGUAUGACGAACCAAGCCUUAACUAAGACUCCAUCAACACAGACACGAGCUGGGACGAUGAAGAAAACGUAAGAAUGUAAAGGCUCAGUGGCUUGCUAGUGUAGUACGGUUCAUUUGUCUGCGUUCAUGCAUGUGGGUUUAGGGGGAAAUUCUACAAUGAUCAUGUAACAACCCAUAGAAAAGAUUCCUGGCUUGUAAUGAUAACUCAGUGUUUGCCAAGUGCUGAUUUGAAUUGAUACAUAUAGACCUCCAGUCCCAGCCAAUCAUUAAGCAUCUUGAGUUUUAUUAAAAAGUGACAUGGAUACUUUGA